CGACACAGCAUAAAAAAAGGCCAGUAAUUAAUAAAGCAGGACACGAAAUCCAAAGCUAACGUAUGUUAGGCUUAGAGGCUUAGCCUUCAUGUCACUCCCCUCUAUAAAUCGCUGUGUGUUCCUCUCCAUCUCAAAACGGUGUUUGACAUAAUAUUAUUUGGUUUAGAGGCACAUUCAUGGGGAUUUUAAAUGAUGCAAAUGAUCAGAUUCCUCUGUUGCAUACUCAAAACUCUGAGUCUUCUCUUAUUAGAACUGGGAACGUAUGGACAGCAGUAGCACAUAUCAUAACAGGGGUGAUAGGAUCGGGGGUACUAUCACUUGCAUGGAGUAUGGCUCAGUUGGGUUGGAUUGCAGGUCCUUUGGCCAUUAUUGUCUUUGCCCUGGUAAUCCUCGCUGCUGCUUUCCUUCUCUGCAAUUCCUAUCGUUCUCCGGACCCUGAAUAUGGACCUAAUCGAAACCGCUCCUAUCUUGAAGCUGUUCACAACAAUUUAGGGAAAAAGAAUGCCUUGGUAUGUAGCCUAUUUCUACAAGUGAACUUUUUUGGGGCUGCUAUUGCCUUUAUUGUCACAUCUGCUCUCAGCUUAAGAGCAAUUCAGAAUUCAUACUGUUACCCCAUAGAAGGGAAGCUAGGCAACUGUGAAUAUGGAGAUGCUUCUUACAUACUAUUGUUUGGAGUUGUUCAACUUUUCCUGUCACAGCUACCUGAUUUCCAUAAUUUACAAUGGCUAUCAAUUUUCGCUGCAAUCAUGUCUUUCAGCUACGCUUUCAUUGGUCUUGGACUUGGCGUCACAAAAGUCAUAGGAAAUGGUUAUUUUAAGGGAAGCGUUGCUGGAAUCUCUGCUUCUACUGCUGCUGAAAAAACAAUGUUGGUAUCCCAAGCUGUAGGAGACAUUCUAUUUGCCUAUCCAUACUCUAUAAUUCUUAUUGAAAUUCAGGAUACUUUGAAGUCACUUCCACCAGAAAAUCAGACUAUGAAAAAGGCCUCCACCAUAGCAGUUGUUAUUACAACCUUCCUUUACCUCAGUUGUGGGGUUUUUGGAUAUGCAGCCUUUGGUGAUGAAACACCAGGGAAUCUCUUAACAGGAUAUGAAUCUUAUGGACCACGUUGGCUCAUCAACUUUGCUAAUGCUUGCAUUGUGCUUCAUCUUGUUGGAGGUUAUCAGGUAUAUAGUCAACCACUCUUUACAAAUGUUGAAAACUGUUUAGCCGAGGAGUUCCCAGAAAGCAGAUUUAUAAAGGACAAUUACACAGUUAGACUCCCAUUGCUGCCUGCGUUUACAUUAAAUCCUCUCAGGCUGUCUUUCCGGACAGCUUAUGUCGUGUUAACAACUGGAAUUGCAAUCGUGUUUCCUUACUUCAACCAGAUAUUGGGUGUUUUAGGCGGUGUGAACUUUUGGCCCUUGACCAUAUAUUUUCCCGUAAAAAUGCACUUGAAGCAGACGAAGAUCGAAGCUUGGACAGCAAAGUGGUUAGUGCUUCAAAUUUUCAGCAUUGUCUGCUUUUUCAUUACAGUGUUUGCCUGCGUUGGAUCAAUCCAAGGACUCAUAAGCAAAAAACUAGGCUAAAAAGGCUACAAAAAUUUCCUUUAAAAUGGGAUUAGAAAGACGGAAACCCAUUUGAAUGUAUUAUAAUGAAUGAUCCUUCCUGGCCUAGAUUGUAAAAGGAGAGAAAAAAAAUGUUACCUUGUGUAUAUCACUAUCACUAUUGUGGUUUGUGAUUUUUUGAAUGGGAAUAAUUAUAGGCUUGAUUGUUUCAUACC